GUCAGUGCUGAAUCGCUAGGUGUCGACAGGGUCAACUGGGGAUCACCAGCUUACCUACGCCAGCAAAAUGUCUACACCGGAGAAACCUGUAGAUCUCUGCAAACUGUCGGCUGCCAAUGCCUCAAAAAUGUCCCACUUGUCUCGGGACAAGUUUUACUAUGCCCUGAAGACCGGGGACCUUCCAACCGUGAAAAUGCUGGUCAAAUUCGGCGAGAGUGUGGACGCCAAACUCGACAUGAAGUUCAAGAAUGUUCUAGAGGAGGAACAGUUGACGUUUGAGCAGUACAUCGAAAGGGCAGUUGAAAGAGGUUUCUACUCGGUGACCUCAGCCCGAGAGAUCACCACACCCCUGCAGCUCGCCGCAACAAACGGGCACAGCGACAUCGUAGAGUACCUCCUGGCCCAGGGUGCAGAGGUCGACUUUGCACCAAAAGAAUGGACGACGCCCCUUUCCUCCGCGUGUGAGAACGGACAUGCGCAGUGUGCCAAGCUGUUGGUAGAGUAUGGAGCUGACGUAGAGUACUACAACAAGAGUGGGCUGUAUCCUAUACACCUGUGCAAGAAGGGUGACUACCUGGGGUGUGCCCGAGCACUGCUGGAGCACGGAGCCAAUCCGAAUGCGCGUACCGAGGACAAGAACAGUAGCACCGCCCUCCACAUCGCGGCCGAGCUGGGCUAUGCCGACCUGGUUGAGCUGCUGUGUAGUCGCGGUGCGGACCCAAACCUGAAGGAUACGGAGAAGGAGACCCCCAUGACGGUCGCGUGCUAUUUCACGACGGGCGAGAGGAAGUUUUACGACACGGUGGCAAACUUGAUCAAGGGAGGUGCGGAUCUGCAGGAGACAGACAACGACCAUCUGACGCCGCUGCACACCAUCUGCCGCAGGGGGGAUCACAACAUUGUCAGACUUCUGAUCGAAAGUGGAUCAGAGCUCAACUCCAGAGACUGGUACGGCAAGACGCCGAUCUGUCACGCGCUGGAGUCCACCAUGUACCGAAGAGAAGCCGGGAGACCGGAAGUGUGCGUACAGCUGCUCCUGAACAAUGGCGCCUGGCCGGUCAAUCCGAAGACUCUCUUCAAGGUGUUUGAGCUGUGCGGGAGAGCCAUUCCUAGCAUCGAAGUCCUCCUGAACUGUUAUGGCACCUUGGAAGCAGACAGUAAGUGGAAGAAGGUGCUCCCAAGGGAUGUGUUUGAGGAGAACCAGAGUUUCUACGAGGCCGUGUUCGGGUUGGGAAAGUCCCCGCCUACUCUACAGCAUACGUGCAGGACUGUGGUCCGUACACUUCUAGGGGCACGAUGUGAGAGGGUCAUCUCGGAGCUGUCAGUGGCACCUAGGUUGAAAAGAUACCUGUUGUUAGAGCCUGGUGAGGGAGGGCUUCAUUGACUUUCUACUACCACAGCAUCAAGGAUUUCUGGUGUAUAGUUUUAUAAUUAUUCAUGCCCGAUGUAAGUCAUUUUUCAUAGUGCUGUCAUAAAUCUGCUGUUUCAAUAAAAUUCUAGUUCAUUUCAGUUUUUCAGUUAUCUAUGACAUAAUUCAUUAUCACAUAUAUUCUAAAAAUGUCUGAAAUUGUCGUCUUAACAUGAUUCACAUCCCAGUGUCAAUGGUGUUAUCUAGAGGACCAGAAAAAGAAGUGGUAUUGUAUGUGACAUUGCCUGUAUUUAUUUACACUAUCAGUUGCCGGCUCUAUUGAUUGGUGGGUUAUCAAGCUGUUAAAUAACUGAGAAAAAAACCCAUGGUCUGUUGUAGGAAGUCCCUUCAGCACCAAGGGCAGAUCCUUCACUGUACAUAAAAAUUGGUACUUGUAUAUUUCUGUGAAAAAUAAUGAGAGAUACAUUUUGGUAAAUAGUGAGGUACAGUGGUCAUGUUUGGCAUGUGUUGCUACUAGAUAAUCAUUGGAGCAAGAAUAUAGACAUUAUUAAAGAUUUAAUUGCGA